UUUACUGUAAAUUGUUUGUUUACAUUUUUUUAGAGAGUGAAGUGCGAGAAGCAAAUGAAGUUAAAUAAAUUUUGUUAAUUCAAAUUUAUUGAUACAAUUUUAUUAAUAUAACUGACAUUUCAGAAAAUAGUGGUAUAUUUUUCGUUCUUUACCAGCCCUAACUUAGUUUAUUUCAUUUUAUCAAAAUGGUUUAUUUGCAUUUUCCUUCUCAAAUGACGGAGGAAGAAGAAAUGCUGAAAAAGAAAUAUGAGAAACUUCGGCGGAAGAAGAAAGCUCUGCAAAAUCUGAAUGCUCCAAAACAAGAACCUCCUCCACCAAAACCUCUUGUAAGAUCCCUUGAAGCGAAACCAGAUGCCAAGGAAGUAGCCAAAAAGCUUCUCAAAUCUGGCGCGAUCAGUGCUAUUAAGGUAGAACACAAGGAACGCCAAGGAUUUAAGCGACCUAAAGCCCUUGAACGCAAGCGUAACGCCUGUGAACGAACCAGCGGCUCCGUCGCUGGUUAUCAACCUUUCACCGCAUCGCAUUCAGCAGAGGAAGAAGCUUCUAAUGCAGCUAAUUCUGCUGAUUCAUCAGCCUCACCUAGCAAUAGUCCUCGACCUCCUGUUAAAAAAUUAUACGAAAGUUUUGUCAGCUCUAGGAAAUUGGAAGAUGAGAUUAAGGAAGAGCGAGCUCGUGACAUUCCUCGACGAGAGAGAGAUCGUGAUGGCAGGCCAGAGAGACCACGCCAGGGAAAUACUGUGUAUGUAAGAGGAUAUGGCGUGACACAGGAAAUACUUCAAAAAACGUUUGAGCCAAUUGGCAACAUUAUUAACAUAUCCAUGGAAAUGGAUAAGAAUUGCGGUUUUGUGACUUUUGAAAAAAUCGACCAGGCAGAAAAAGCUAUAAAAGAAAUGAGUGGAACGCAAAUCAAUGGCAUGCGAUUGAACGUUUCUCUAGCUAGGCGCCAACCUUUAAUACCUCCAUUGGGAGAGGAUUCUUCAUCUUCAUCGUGGUCGACAUUGGCGGUAAACUUUCCUCAAAAAGGAAAUCAUGAAGACACUAGAGAGCUUGUUGUCUAUGAUGAAAUUUAAAUAUAAUGUUGACCUAAUUAUUGAAAGGAAAACUGUGUAUGCUGAUAAGGGAUUUCUGAUUUGAUACCUGUGCCGAAAUAAUGGUUUGGUAAAAAUUGGGAGCAAAUAUCGCAAAGUAGGACAAACUAGUAAGGUGAAACUUCUAGCCGCCUUUGGGCAAGCUAAUAUAACUUCUUUUAAAAAAAAUUAUUGGAAAGAUUUCCAUAUCGUAAUCUGUGGCAGAAUAAUUGCCAAGUCUUGGAAACUUUCGGGCAGCGGUCCGCGAGAAACUAAAAAAAACAUCUCAUAAAGGGACCAACUUGAAAGAUGUAACUCGUUGCUACCCCUGGGCAAAAACCUACAUGUUUAUUUUUUUUAAAAAAUUGCAAGUUUAAAAUCUAUUUGUCAUCUUGGCGAUUGUAGUUGGCACGGCAGAUUAUGAUACGGAAAUAUCCCAAAUUUAUUUCAUCUGUAACAAAUGAGAAGUUUUUGUUGGCACCUUUGCGAUUUCAGUUGGUGCAAAGAUGUACAGAUAUAUAAAUUCCCUACUUUUAGGUUAAUGUCUUAUCUUUCGAUUUUUCAAUAUUUCUGAGGAAAAUGUCAGCUUUUAUUAUUUUAAGUAAUUGUCCCUUUCUACAAAUUUGGUAGAAAUAAAGAAAAAUUUCAAUUUAUUUUUCUAAAAUAGUUUUUUAACUUCACAUAUUUAAUUGAUAGCCUGUUUAAAAUUAUUUAAAUCAUAACAUUUAAGAUACAAAAAUUAUGAUUACUUAGUUAUGCUAGAUUGAAAGUUGAAAAAAUUGUGCCAAUACUUUGUUGUAGGAAAGAUUUCUGUUUUAGUCCUUGUAUUGUCAAGUUCUUGCAAUUUCUGGGCAAUCACAAAGGAAUAACUAUUAGAAAA